AUGUGGUAUAUUUUAGCCCCGUAUAAGCCUGAGCUUACAAUUAAUCAGUUGUUUACUGAGGAAGCAACAAGAACAGACGAGCAGAAGUUACUGCAUCAUCUAUUACGGGAGUAUGAAAAGGCAGUGCGACCAGUACGAAACGCAUCACAUACAAUUACGGUGAAACUCGGAAUGACGAUGACGAAUAUUUUUGAAAUGGAUGAAAGGAAUCAAGUGUUGACGAUAAAUGUGUGGUUGGAUCAGGAAUGGAAAGAUGAGCUGCUGAGGUGGGAUCCGAAGCAGUUCGGAGGGAUCGAGUCGAUCCGUAUACCUUGUGAUUUGAUUUGGUUGCCUGAUAUUGUUCUCUACAACAACGCUGAUGAUUACACUGCUGGUUAUAUGCGUUCAAGAGCGAUGGUCUUUUACGAUGGUACUGUAUUUUGGCCACCGCCUACACAACUUAGAAGCACUUGUAAAAUUGAUGUUACGUAUUUUCCAUUUGAUAGUCAGCAUUGUGCUCUGAAAUUUGGCUCAUGGACUUACCAUGGUAAGUAUGCAAGUGAGAGAGGAUCUGUCCAGGUUAGAUUAAGCCUAGACAUACGAUCGGUAUUAAGUUUUCAUCACAGAGAAGCAUUCAAUAGUGCAGUCCCAGAAUGGAUACAUCAAUUGGUGUUGCACAAUUUGCGUCGAGCACUUUGUAUGCGUCCGCCUCUCGCACACAACUCCGACUUUUGUUCAGCGAACGGAACUCACUCAUUCGUCACUGCCACUGCUUUUGAUGAUCCCAAUGGCGGAAAUUUUGAUGAGGCUGAUAUGCAGUUUUCAAAAAUGCAAGAAACAGCGAUAAUAAACGUUGAUGAGGAACUCCCAGCGACACAUAAAAAGAAGCGAAUGAGCAACGAAUUACCGAUGCACCGAUUGAUGAAAACUCUUGUGGUUCUAAUGAGGCGACAACAAAUGGAAGACCACUGCCAAGCACUGGUAAAUGAAUGGCGUCAAGUGGCGCAAGUGAUCGACCGUCUC